AUGGUUGCUACUCGCGUGGGAAUUAUUGGAAAUGGACAUCUUGGGAAAUUUUUAUAUGAGGAACUGGGAAAACGGGAGGAAUUUGUGGUGAUUCGGGUUUGGAAUCGAACUUCUUCAGAAGGAAUCCUACCACUUGAAGGCAUCACACCGCAAAACUUGCAAGAUUUGGAUCUCGUUGUUGAAGUGGCUCAUCCAGCCAUUCUUGCUCAAUACAUUGACGUGAUUCUUGAGAAUACGAAUCUUUUCAUUGGCUCACCAACAUGUCUAGCUAAUCAAUUAAUCAUGGACAAAAUUGAAGCCCAUUUGAAGACGAACUUAAAUCGAAAAGUCUUUGUCCCAGCUGGCGCAUUUUGGGGAGGAAAUGAUGUACAGAAAAUGGCAGAAAAAGGACUUCUUAAAUCUUUGACAGUAACAAUGACAAAGCAUCCGAAUUCUUUCAAAUUAGAAGAUCCCUUGAAAGGAGCGAAUGAAAAGGCGAAAAGUCUCACUGAACCAACAGUGCUUUAUGAAGGCUCUGUGAGAGGACUUUGUCCGUUGGCUCCAAAUAAUGUGAACACAAUGGCUGGUGCCGCUGUAGCAGCACAGAAUCUUGGAUUCGAUGGAGUGAAAGCUAGGCUGGUUUCUGAUCCAAGUCUGAUUGAUUGGCACAUCGUAGAAGUGUUAGCUGAAGGACCGGAUGGGUUUCAGGUUCACACCAUUCGAAAGAAUCCAGCCAAGCCAGGAGCUGUCACUGGUCAACUUACCUAUUUCUCUUUUCUUUCAUCUAUUCAAGAAACCCUUCACAAACCAUCAGGUUUGCAAAUCUGU